AUGCAUGUUGCCCCUAUAUCGAUUUCAGCCUCCACUCUACUCAUUCACCACUCCAUUCACCACCUAGACACCUCAAACAACAACACAAGACAAGGAUCUAGGACCCUUGAAGUACUUCCUUGGUUUGGAAAAGUGGCCAGACAACAAAAAGGCAUUGCUAUUUGCCAAAGAAAAUAUGCUAUUGAAUUACUCAGUGAUACAGGUUUUAUAGAUUCAAGGCUUGUUCAUAGUCAUACAGUUCCAUCUCAUAAGCUAAGCAGGGAUGAAGGUGAGCCCCUUGGGGAUAACACUCAGUACAAAAGGAUCAUUGGAAAACUUCUAUAUCUAACUAUUACCAGACCAGACAUCAGCUUUGCUACACAAGAAUUGUCUCAAUUCCUUGAUAAACCUACUCAUCUACACCUACAAGCUGCCCAUAGAGUGUUGAGGUACAUAAAGGCUGCUCCUGGCCAGGGGUUAUUCUUUCCAUCCUCUUCUGAUUUGCAACUAAAAUUUUUUUCUGAUUCUAAUUGGGGAGCUUGCAUUGAUACUAGGAAGUCUGUCACUGGGUUUUGCACCUUCAUGGGGAAUGCCUUGAUCUCUUGGAAGUCCAAGAAGCAAGCUACUGUCUCCAAGUCAUCUUCAGAAGCAGAAUAUAGAGCUCUAGCAGCUACAACUUUUGAAGUUCAAUGGCUAUGCUUCCUGUUAGCAGAACUUGGAGUGAAUCAAACUGGACCAGUGGUUGUAUAUUGUGAUAGCAAAUCUGCUAUUGCUAUUGCAGAAAAUUCAGUAUUUUAUGAAUGCACCAAGCAUAUAGAACUUGAUUGCCACCUAGUAAGAGAAAAGCUCAACAAUGACCUUAUCAAGUUGUUCUACAUCUCCUCCACAAACCAGCUAGCAGACAUUUUUACUAAGACUCAUUGUCCUGGUUCUUUCCUUAGUUCCGCUUGGAUUAUUAGACCUGUAUAA